AUGAAAAGCCUUUCGUCCAUUAUCACCACAUACCUGAGGUUGCAUAACCUGAGUCGUCUGUAUUUGAGUAUCAGCCACUGGCAGGUUGAAGAUUCAACUAGUCAGCCAGGUUUCUUUGCAGGACGAAUAGAAAGUGCUUUCAAUCGAGCAGAGCAGAGCAGAGCAGAGCAGAGCAGAGCAGAGCAGAGCAGAGCAGAGCAGAGCAGAGCAGAGCAGAGCAGAGCAGAGCAGAGCAGAGCAGAGCAGAGCAGAGCAGAGCAGAGCAGAGCAGAGUAG